AUGUCUGAUUUUGAUAAAUACAGCACACCAUUAUCUUCUCGUUAUGCUUCGAAGGAAAUGUCUGGUAUUUUCUCAUUGAGAAAUAGAUUUUCAACAUGGAGGAAGUUAUGGCUCAAUCUAGCUAUUGCUGAAAAGGAAUUGGGCCUUACUGUUGUCACUGACAAGGCUAUUGAGGAAAUGAGCAACCAUCUGGCUAUUACUGACGAAGAAAUUGCCAAAGCGUCUGCUCAAGAAGCUAUUGUGAGACAUGAUGUUAUGGCUCACGUUCACACUUUUGGCGAAACAUGUCCAGAUGCCGCAGGUAUUAUCCAUUUGGGUGCUACGUCAUGCUUCGUCACUGACAAUGCAGAUUUGAUUUUUUUGAGAGAUGCGUAUGAUCUGUUGAUUCCAAAACUAGUCAACGUGAUCAAUAGAUUGGCUAACUUUGCUAUGGAAUACAAAGAUCUACCUGUAUUGGGAUGGACACAUUUUCAACCCGCUCAAUUGACGACAUUAGGAAAAAGAGUCACUCUAUGGGUUCAAGAAUUACUAUGGGAUUUGAGAAAUUUCGUCCGAGCAAGAAAUGAUAUUGGUUUACGCGGUGUUAAGGGUACUACUGGUACCCAAGCAUCCUUCUUAGCACUUUUUCAUGGUGAUCACAACAAAGUAGAAGCACUGGAUAAAAGAGUUACUGAACUGUUAGGUUUUGAUACUGUCUACCCUGUUACUGGCCAAACUUAUUCAAGAAAGAUCGAUAUUGAUGUAAUGGCACCUUUAUCAUCAUUCGCUGCUACUGCUUACAAAAUGGCCACUGACAUUAGGUUACUGGCCAAUUUGAAGGAAAUGGAAGAACCUUUUGAAAAAUCACAAAUUGGUUCUUCCGCAAUGGCCUACAAGAGAAACCCAAUGCGUUGUGAACGUGUUUGUUCUUUAGCUAGACAUUUGGGCUCUCUGUUUAAUGACGCAGUACAAACGGCUUCUGUUCAAUGGUUCGAAAGAACUUUAGAUGAUUCGGCUAUCAGAAGAAUUUCUCUUCCAAGUGCCUUCUUAACAGCAGACAUUCUAUUAUCAACUUUGUUGAAUAUCUCUUCCGGUUUAGUUGUUUAUCCAAAGGUGAUAGAAAGAAGAAUCAAGGGUGAACUACCAUUUAUGGCUACUGAGAAUAUUAUCAUGGCUAUGGUUGAAAAGGGCGCCUCAAGACAAGAGGUUCAUGAAAAUAUUAGAGUCCUAUCACAUCAAGCUGCUGCGGUUGUUAAGGAAGAAGGUGGUGAUAACGAUUUAAUUGAACGUGUCAAAAAGGACCAAUUUUUCAAGCCAAUUCAUUCGGAGCUUGAAUCUUUGUUGGACCCAUCUACUUUCGUCGGCAGAGCUCCACAGCAAGUUGAGAAAUUUGUCAAUAAUGAUGUGAAAAACGCUUUGCAACCAUUCAGCAGCUAUAUAAAUGAUGCGGAUGUUAAAUUAAACGUCUAA